AUGCGCCACAUACUCCUAGAGGUCGAACUUGAAGCACUCGAGAAGCGUCUUACUUUUGCCGAACCCAGUCUCGAAGAUAGGAAGGAUGAAGAACUCUUCGUCUAUAACGAUAUCGAUGGUACGGCAAGCAAGAAGAAGAAACGUCGAGGUUUAGAUGAUAACGCGCCAAAGAAGUUGAAGCUUGUCAAUGCUAUGGAUAUCUCCCGAGACGAUAUCACUAUUUUGGAGAAAGGUCGUGGGGGCAAGACUGGCACUAUCCUUGUCACAUAUCACCCCGUGAGCCUUCAUAUCGCUCACCACCAUUUCGAUAUAUUGAUCGGUGAUGUCGGUCAAUGUAUCCGCCGAGUUUCGGGGUCCUACACCAUCAAGUCUAUCAAGGCCCUUGAGAGACUUAUUUUCUUCGAUGUUUGCUUUGCACCUGGCCUAGUGGGUAGCAGAAACGUUGGUCCCCUAAGUCUUAUGGAACAAAGUUUCGUCUCUUAUGCUUCAUGCGGCCAAUUCUUCUGGUACCCUGGGGUUGGCCUCUAUCACCCCGCCCACGACCCCAGUGUGGAAGACAACGUCAUUAUAUCUGAGGCCGGUGAUGAGCUGGGCACUAGAAAGAGCAUUUUUUCUGAUGAGUUUAUUGAGAGCGUCGAAUCGGACAUCGGUCUAUCGCAGGCCUUACAGAUUCUUAAAAGGGCCAGUUGUGAGGGGGGCCCUAUCAUGGGCGUCACCCGCGGCUCCAAGGUUGUGAAACCACGUCUUCAGUUCCUCUAUAUCCGUCGAACGAUGAAAACCCCGAUUGAAUUUCCAGGUGGCAAAGUGUCUUAUCCAUCAGAUGGUAUGUUACCAAGUCGAAUUCGUGUCGAAGAAUGCCUGUUUAACACCAAGGACCUGGACGCCGCCUUGGUCAAACAGAUUGAAGCUAGCUACGCUGAUAGCCUGUUCACUGCUUCAUCCGCGAGCCUAAGGGAGUACACUCAACCUGCUCAAAGUCUCGAACAGCCAAGAGACAACAGCCCAGAGGUGAAUCUGAACGUUGGGCAGCAUCGCGCUGGUUUUAUCACCGCUUUUGACCCUCACAGUUAA